UUUCCAUGAUUCUCUCUGUCUUUCAAGUUUUAGGUUUCUGAUAAAAUCUUAAAAGUUUCAUGGUUGUAGACAAAAUCAACGUAGCUUCUCCCUUAUGUUGUGUUCUUCCAAUGUACGACUCAAAACAUUCAAGUUAUGUCACUGAAGAAGAUUCAGACGACCUGAAUCAUACUACAAAACACAAAAGAACCAAUGCUAUGCUUUCUGCUUCAGCUCACGAUCUGAGAUGUCUACAGGUAGAAAAAGAGAAGCAAGAUCCUGAAUCACCGAGAGGAGCUCUAGAAGCAUGCUUAAACCGAUGCUCCAUCUCUUCCUCGGAAGAUCCUCCUCAAAACAAAGAAGCUAUAGAAAACGCAGACGCAGACGUGCGUUGCAAGAAUCUCAGAGCAUCUUCGAACUGGGGGAAGUUCUUCAAGCUUUGGAAACGCAGGUCCAUGAAACGUUUGUCUUCUUUCCCUCCGUUAAGCUGUGCCCCAGUGAUCUCCAAACGCAACAAAAACGCAGAUCCAGACGUCGAUGAUCUGAACCUUCACGAUAUCUAUGACUUCCAAUCAUCUCUUCACAGCUUCUCAAUCACUGACCUCGAAAUAGCAACUGACUAUUUCAACCCUGAAAACAUAAUCGGGAGAGGCGGUUACGCAGAGGUCUACCAAGGAAUACUACCAGAGGGAAAGCUAAUCGCUGUGAAACGUCUCACCAAAGGCACAUCAGACGAGCAAACAGCUGAGUUUCUGUCUGAACUCGGGAUUAUAGCUCAUGUUGAUCAUCCAAACACAGCCAAGUUCAUCGGUUGUUGCACUGAAGAUGGAAUGUAUCUUGUUUUUAGACUAUCUCCUCUUGGGAGCCUAGGCUCUCUACUCCAUGGACCUUCAAAAGAUAAGCUUACUUGGAGCAGACGUUACAAGGUGGCAUUAGGAACAGCAGAUGGACUAAUGUAUCUUCAUGAGGGUUGUCAAAGAAGGAUCAUCCACCGUGACAUCAAAGCCGACAACAUUCUCCUCACCGAGGAUUUUCAACCGCAGAUAUGCGAUUUCGGUUUAGCCAAAUGGCUACCAAAGCAGUUAACGCACCACAACGUAUCCAAAUUUGAAGGAACAUUCGGGUACUUUGCGCCGGAAUAUUUCAUGCAUGGCAUUGUUGAUGAGAAGACGGAUGUUUUCUCCUUCGGAGUUCUUCUCUUGGAGCUCAUAACCGGCCAUCCAGCUCUUGACGAGUCUCAGCAAAGCCUUGUCUUAUGGGCCAAACCGUUACUAGAGAAGAAAGAUAUAAAGAAAUUGGUGGAUCCGUCGCUUGGAGAUGAGUAUGAUCAGGAUGAGCUUAACCGGUUAACUUCCACAGCUUCUUUAUGCAUAGAGCAGUCUUCUCUUCUACGACCCCGUAUGAGCCAGGUUGUUGAAUCAUUAUUAGGUCAAGAAAGUUGCGUUGUAACACCAAGAGAAGACAAUAGAAAGAUGAUGCAACGAACGUAUUCUGAGGAGUUAUUAGAUAGUAUAGAAUAUAACUCAACUAGGCACUUGAGAGAUCUUGAUCGCAUUCGAGAGGUUGCUUUAGCUUCUUGAAAGUUGAACA